GAGAGUUUGACCCGCUCUGCAGGUCGGAUUGGGGGGUUCACAGGUGAAAGAAGAAUGAGGGAGACUUCUGCAUUUUCAAGUUUACUCAAGUUUGGGAAGGGAGCACUGAAGAGGCACCUUUGCAGCUGGGAAUAGGCCGUGUAAAGAGAGUUAAACCUCGAUUCUAAAAGCUAAAGUAUGUAGGGGAGGCAGCUCUGGAAACUGCUUUAGGGAAUCACUGCAAACCAUUUGUCAGGCGUGGAUUCAGAGUCAGCAUCCCUUCCCCCCUUCCCCCUUCUCCCUUCCUCCUUCCCCCCCAUCCCCUCCCCCCAUCUCCAGCCUGGCCGCUCCAGGAAGUGAGCACCAUUUAUCCCCCACCCCAGGCGGCCCGACUCCUCCCAGAGGGAGUUGGGAGAUGAGCCUUCCGCAAACUCCUGACCUGUGUGUCUGUCCGUUCAACGGCCAAAGGCUGGCCAAGGAGGGAGCCCCUGCCAUUCUCGGAACGGAGCAGAGUCAUGCGUGGUUGAGUUUAGAUAAAAGCCGAGUGAGCGCGCUCUGUUCCUUAAGAUUAGUUUAAGGUGCCUUGGAUUGCUCUGAAGAGCUUUGACCACCUGAUAAUUGCUUACAUCUGGAACUUCUUGGCUCCUCAUUCCCCAGAUGUGCGGGUCAGAGAGGAUUCUACAAGCAGGAAACAUCUUAGAAAUCAGGGCUGGGCAGGCAGGAGCCAGGAGAGUAGCUACAAUGACUUCACCAGUACUGAUGGACAUACGAGAAGAGGUGACCUGCCCUAUCUGCCUGGAGCUCCUAACAGAACCCCUGAGCAUAGACUGUGGCCACAGCUUCUGCCAAGCCUGCAUCACACCGAAUAGCAGGGAAUCAGUGAUUGGUCAAGAAGGGGAAAGAAGCUGCCCUGUGUGCCAGACCAGCUACCAGCCAGGGAACCUGCGGCCUAAUCGGCAUCUGGCCAACAUAGUGAGGCGGCUCAGAGAGGUAGUGUUGGGCCCUGGGAAGCAGCUGAAAGCAGUUCUUUGUGCAGACCAUGGGGAAAAACUGCAGCUCUUCUGUCAGGAGGAUGGGAAGGUCAUUUGCUGGCUUUGUGAGCGGUCUCAGGAGCACCGUGGUCACCACACGUUCCUCGUGGAGGAGGUUGCCCAGGAGUACCAGGAGAAGUUUAAGGAGUCUCUAAAGAAGCUGAAGAACGAGGAGCAAGAAGCUGAGACGCUAACAGCUUUUAUCAGAGAGAAGAAGACAUCCUGGAAGAAUCAGAUGGAGCCUGAGAGACGCAGGAUCCAGACAGAGUUUAAUCAGCUGCGAAAUAUCCUAGACAGAGUGGAGCAGCGGGAGCUGAAAAAGCUGGAACAGGAAGAGAAGAAGGGGCUACGAAUUAUAGAAGAGGCUGAGAAUGAUCUGGUCCACCAGACCCAGUCGCUACGAGAGCUCAUCUCGGAUCUGGAGCGUCGAUGUCAGGGGUCAACAAUGGAGCUGCUGCAGGAUGUGAGUGAUGUCACAGAAAGGAGUGAGUUCUGGACACUGAGGAAGCCAGAAGCUCUCCCUACAAAGCUGAGAAGUAUGUUUCGAGCCCCAGAUCUGAAAAGGAUGCUGCGAGUGUUUAGAGAGCUGACAGAUGUCCAAAGCUACUGGGUGGACGUGACCCUGAAUCCACACACAGCUAAUUUAAAUCUUGUCCUGGCUAAAAACCGGAGACAAGUGAGGUUUGUGGGAGCUAAACUGUCUGGACCUUCCCGUCUGGAAAAGCAUUAUGACUGUAGUGUCCUGGGCUCCCAGCACUUCUCCUCCGGAAAGCAUUACUGGGAGGUAGAUGUGGCCAAGAAGACUGCCUGGAUCCUGGGGGUAUGCAGCAAUUCACUGGGACCUACAUUCUCUUUCAACCAUUACGCUCAAAAUCACAAUGCUUACUCCAGGUAUCAGCCUCAGAGUGGAUACUGGGUGAUUGGGUUACAGCAUAACCAUGAAUAUAGGGCCUAUGAGGAUUCUUCCCCUUCCCUGCUCCUCUCCAUGACAGUGCCCCCUCGCCGUGUUGGGGUUUUCUUAGAUUAUGAGGCUGGCACUGUCUCCUUUUAUAAUGUCACAAACCAUGGCUUCCCCAUCUACACUUUCUCUAAAUAUUACUUUCCCACUACUCUUUGUCCAUAUUUCAAUCCUUGCAACUGUGUAAUUCCUAUGACCCUGCGUCGUCCAAGCUCUUGAAUAUUCUUGUGUUCCCACCCACUUCUGAUAAGUACCCUGAGGCUUAUCAGCAUGUGAUUCUCCCUUCUGAUCUUCUGUUUUUCUGUGUUCUCAAUUCUUUUGUUGUUUUUUGGUUUUUGAAUUUUUUUUGAGAUGGAAUCUCGCUCUGUCGCCCAGGCUGGAGUGCAGUGGCACAAUCUCGGCUCACUGCAACCUCUGCCUCCUGGGUCCAAGCGAACCUCCUACCUCAGCAUCCCAAGUAGCUGGGAUUACAGGCACCCACCACCAUGCCCAACUAAUUUUUGUAUUUUUGUAGAGACAGGCUUUCACCGUGUUGGCCAGGCUGAUCUCGAACUCCUGAUCGCAAGUGAUCCACCCGCCUCGGCCUCCCAAAGUGCUGGGAUUACAGAUGUGAGCCACCGCGCCCAGCCAGUUCUUUUGUUUUAAACAUUUACUCAGUACUAGGAUGCACCCAGUGGUGAGAGUAAGCAUCUUUGAUGACAGGUCUUGAGGUGGAUAGGGGGCGCUUUCAGUCUUUUGCCAUUAAGCAUAGUAUUUGAUGCAGGUUUUUUUUUGGUUGAUGCAGGGGAUCAAAUUUAAGGAAGUUCUGAUCUGUUAAUUUGCUACAAGUUUUUGUAUAAAAUGAAAAAUCAUAUUCUACCUAUGUCUUUUCUGUAAAUUAUUGAGACAGUUGCGUGUCAUUUUUGUUCUGUUAAUGUGGCUUAGUACAUUGAUUUACUUAAAUUUGUUUUAUUGGCCACAACUUGCUGAAAUACACCAUUAUUAUUUGUUGUAUGUAAUACUGAAUUUAUUUUGAUAACGUAUGGUUUAGAUUUUAUUUUCAUCUAUGUUAAUGAAAGAAAUUGGCCUGUAUUUUUACAUUCUUAUAAUAUCUUUGCCAGGUUCUAUAAAAUGCAAUAAUAAGCAAAUAAAUUACUGCGUUUUUGUAUAAGUAUGUAUAGGAUUGAACUCUAAAACCAAACCAUUAUAAUGAUAACUUGGGUAGCUUCAAACUCAAACUGAAGAGAGUCUUCACUACAAUCUUCACUACAACCUUUGGCCUUCCUCUCUACAUUUAAGAGUAGCAAUAGAACAAUAAAAAAAAAUACAUCUUUCAAAUUAAUUGCAGUAAAAACAAAAGGGUAGUGGGGAGAGAAAAACAAUCCAAUACGUAUUUUUCUCAGAAUAGAAAGAAAAUACAAAGAGAAAAUAUGAACAAUAUAAAGCACUUAAAGGAAGAGGAUGAUUUCUUCCAGCUUCUCCACACUCUCUUUAUGCGCAGGAACAAACAGCUGUUGAGUGAGCUGCUAUGACUUUGGUAGAGAGAUGCAAUAUGUUUUCUGAACCAGCUAUAAAAGAAAUUAAGAGGUACAUGUGAGGGUAGAAACAAAUAUCAAGGAAGAGAAUGGCACUGGCUGUCCCAUAUGGUAUCCAGGAGCCACCAAUGUCUGUUGAGUACUUCACACGUGACUAGUCUGAAUUGAGAUGUGCUCAAAGUAUAAAAUAUAUACCAGAUUUCAAAUACCUACUUCAAAAAAUAAUGUAAAAUAUCUCACUAAUAACUUUUCCUUUGUGUAUUGCAAUGAUAAUAUGUUGGCUCUAUUGGAUUAAAUAAAAUAUGUUAUUCAUUUUA